UCCAGUUCAUUCCUGAGCCAAACUCUCCUUCUUGAACAACAUGAUGCUCAAGUCUGUCACAGAGAGCUUCGCCAGCCUGAUCCACGGCUUGAAGGCGGGACACCUGACGGACUCCGUCAUUCAGAAGAGCAAGAGGAUGAUCCUGGACACUCUGGGUGUCGGGCUGCUGGGCACCAGCACGGGAGUGUUUCACAAAGUCAGCCAGUACAGUAAAAUCUACAGCUCCAAUACAUCCAGCACUGUUUGGGGUCAGUCGGACUUCAGACUCCCACCCACAUAUGCUGCUUUCGUAAACGGUGUGGCUAUUCACUCCAUGGAUUUUGAUGACACUUGGCACCCUGCCACACAUCCUUCUGGAGCAGUCCUUCCUGUUCUCACAGCUUUAACAGAAGCCUUGCCUCAGAGUCCAACGUUUUCUGGCCUUGACCUGCUGUUGGCUUUCAAUGUUGGUGUUGAAGCUCAAGGCCGAUUAAUGCAUUUCUCCAAGGAAGCCAAUGACAUACCAAGGAGAUUCCAUCCCCCCUCCGUGGUAGGAACUUUGGGCAGAGCUGCCGCUGCGUCCAAGUUUUUAGGACUCAGCUUGACCAAGUGCCAGGAGGCCCUGGCAAUUGCCGCCUCUUAUGCUGGAGCACCCAUGGCAAAUGCUGCUACUGAGACCAAGCCCCUUCACAUGGGCAAUGCUGCCAGACACGGGAUAGAAGCCACUUUGCUAGCCAUGCUGGGUCUCCAAGGAAACCAGCGGGUCUUGGACCUGGAGAGGGGGUUUGGGGCCUUCUAUGCCAACUAUUCUCCGAAAGUCCUUCCGAGCUUGGAUUCUCAUACAUGGCUACUGGACCAGCAGGAUGUGGCCUUCAAGAGUUUCCCGGCACAUCUGGCCACUCACUGGGUGGCUGAGGCGGCAGGGGCUGUGAGGAAGCACCUUGGGCCUCCAAGUGGAAUCCUGUUUCCUGCUGCCCACAUCAAGAAAAUUGUGCUCAGGAUCCCAGAUGUGCAAUAUGUCAACAGACCCUUCCCAGAUUCAGAGCAUGAAGCCCGUCAUUCCUUCCAGUAUGUGGCCUGUGCCAUGCUGCUCGAUGGCUGCGUCACCGUCCCAUCCUUCCACAAACCCCAGAUCCACAGGCCACAGGUAAGAGAGCUGCUUGGGAAGGUGGAGCUGGAGCAUUCUCCAGACAACCAGCCCAACUUCAACUCAUUGUACUGUGAGAUCAGUGUCACUCUCCAGGACGGAUCCACCUUCACCGAGCGCUCUGAUACGUUCUAUGGUCACUGGAGAAAACCACUGAGCCAAGAGGACCUAAGAGGAAAGUUCAGAGUCAAUGCCUCCAGGACACUGUCCUGGGACACCGUGGAAAGUCUUAUAAAGGUAGUAGAAAAGCUAGAAGACCUAGAAGACUGUUCUGUGUUGACCACACUUCUGAAAGGAUCAUCUCCUCCAGAAGAGGCUUCAAAAUAUCCAGAAGACAAUCCUUCCAUUGCUCAAUCUCUCCCAAGUCUGACUAACAUGUGAAGGCCUUUGCAGUAUAAAGCAGAGGCCUGCUGCUCCAACCGAUCAGGAGCAAAUCAAGGUCAAGUGUGCAGAUAUAGAACAACGUGCGUGCAUCUGGAAGUCAUCUUGUCCUAUAAAAAUUGUGUGAUAUCUUUAACUUACCUUCAAGAUACUAUUUAAGAAA